AUAUAUUUUCUCUAAUUUAGUUAUGGCAGUCUGCUCCUUAGGGAAUAAAUGGUUGGUCAAAUCUCUUCUGAUUGUGUUGAUGGUGAUGGUAACACAUGUAGUGGAACCAAUGGCUGAAAACCUAAACCAUUCAGGCCAACGAAAGCAAGAGAUUGAACUCAGGCUUAAGCAACUCAAUAAGCAGGCUCUUAAAUCCAUCGAGAGUUCAAGUGGAGAAAUAAUAGAUUGCAUAUAUAUUACAAAGCAACCAGCUUUUGAUCAUCCAAUGCUCAAAAACCAUACGAUUCAGAUGAAACCUAGUUCCUAUCCACACGACGUUUUCACUGAAGACGAUGAUGCAUCAACACCAAACAACCAUGAAGAACAGCCCGAAGAUAUAGCUCAGCCUUGGCACUUGUCUGGAGAUUGUCCGGAAAAAACUAUUCCCAUCAAAAGAAUAACAAAAGAAGAUCUUUUAAGAGUAGAUUACAUUCAAACUUACGGGAAAAAAGAUUGUUGCUCGAACAUCUCUCAGCGUCAUCGAUUAUACGAUCACCCGACUGCUAUCAAAGAUGAUAACGUCCAUGAGUAUGCGAUCACAUAUGUUAAUAAUGAUGCCUUUCGCGGAGCUAAAGCACAAAUAAACGUAUGGAAACCGUAUAUUGAAAGUGUAGGAGAAGUCAGUAUAUCACAAAUAUGGGUCUUAGGAGGCAAAUUUGGUCCUGGUUUGAAUACUCUAGAAGUUGGUUCGCAUGUCUAUCCGGUUCUAUAUGGUGAUGCCAAUCCCCGGAUUUUUAUUUACUGGACAAACGAUGGUUACCAAGAAAAAGGGUGCUACAAUCUCCUCUGCUCAGGCUUUGUUCAAAUCAACAAAAGAAUCUCCCUUGGUGCUUUGGUAAAACCCAUCUCCACCUAUAAUGGCCCUCAAUAUAUACUAACCGUACAAAUAUGGAAGGAUCCAAAGACUGGAAAUUGGUGGUUGCAGUUGAACGAGAAAGACUUGAUAGGAUAUUGGCCAAAUGAACUAUUCCCAAUGCUAGAAGAUUCGGCGAACCUCAUAGAGUGGGGAGGUGAAGUAGUGAACAAGAAGGAAAAUGAACAACACACUGCCACCCAAAUGGGAAGUGGACACUUUCCAAGUGAAGGUUUUGGAAAAGCAGGUCAUUUUAAGACCGUCAAGAUAAUUGAUAUGUUUAAUGGUAUAAGAGACCCGGUCAAAGUUCAAACAAUAGUGAGUCGACCUACUUGUUACAAUCUCAAGACUGGUUAUAGUAAGUCAUGGGGAGUUUUCUUUUACUAUGGUGGUCCUGGUCGUAACUCUGCAUGUCCUUAGAAAUUCAAAUACAUAAUCUUCAUAUGAACUUAUGUUA